CAUCUUUAAAAAAAUUCAACUUGAUAUGUCAAUCAUUUUCGUUGUUCAUUUUCAGUAGAAACUAUUUCGUUAUCUGCCUUUCUUUUUCCGAUGUCGUCGGUGAAAUCAAAGACAGGCGCGAUAACCAACUCGGUGCCUAAAGUACCAUGCCCGAAACCAAGUAAUGUUUUCUACGUUUGGUAUGGGGAACUUUGUAGAAGAUCGAAUUUGACACCGUUGGCUAACGUCAAACCGGCAAGGCCUAAGAACGAGACCGUGCUGGAUUUCACUUGCGAUCGUAUCAAAGUUGAAGACUGGGUGCCUAUUUUGGCCGCUCUAAAACAGGACAGCAGUCUACACGUGGUGGCCAUCAGAUGUAAAGUUGAGUGUAAGUUUUUAACGGAAAUCGAUACUGAAAAAAAGGCGAAAGAGAUGAGGAGGAAAGGGGGAUAUCUUUACACUCAUUUUAUUUUGACUGCUUUAAUCGACGCACUUAGGCAUCUUGUUGCGCGAUCUCAAGUAUUGAUGUACUUGGAGUUGGACGGUAUACCACUUAGUAGCGAAUAUUUAGGACCCCUUCUUGAUGCUUUAAAUAAAAGCAAAUCUUUAAAAGUACUUUCAUUCAAAUAUUGUCCAUUAAGAGAUAACGGCUGCCAACAAUUAUGUAGUUAUAUAAAGAACAUUCCAAACAUUGAAGUCCUUAACCUUACAGCGUGUGGAUUAGGUUCAAUGAGCGCACAAUAUUUAGCACAAGUAAUUCGUUAUCAACAGAUUAAUCGCUACAGCGAAAGUUGGCAUUGUUCUUUACGAUAUGAAGACCCCGACGUUGAUCUUAUGACCGGUUUAAAACGAAUUACAUUAAAUUGUAAUCCAAACAUCGGCGAUGAAGGACUUACCCACAUUCUAAACGAACUCGAUGACGAUCUUUGGAUUAAAGCUCUCGAUAUGCAACGAUGCAACAUCACGGAAAAUAUCUCAAAACGAUUAGUAGAUGUUAUUGAUUACUCAAAAUCUUUAGAAGUGGCCGAUUUCCGUCAUAAUGAAUUACUUUCGGAUGCAACGGUAAAGAAAAUUUUGGAAAUUUUAAAAAAUAAACAACAUUUCAAUUACGAUCAGGAGUACGAAUGGUGUAUGACUGCAACAAGUUUACCUUACAACCAUUCGAUACAAGAUACCUCAUCGUAUACUUCAACAAACUUAACCAAAAAAUGUCAAAAAUCCGCCUCGGUGAAGCAAGUACCCAAGAAACCCAGUAACGAUUCGAUACCAAUAAGAAGAAUAAAAACUUGUUGUACGAUCGCAAAAUCGAAAUUGUCGUCACAAAAAGAAGACGUAAUCGAAUUAACAGCUCAAUUACAAAAAGAAAUUGCUAAAAGAUUACAAACAGAACGUGAAAAUAAAGAGUUACAAAAAAAAUUAGAAUAUUUGGAAUCAACUAGAAAUGGAAAAUCUUUAGAUAAGAAAAAUAUUAAAUUAGAUGUAAAUAAAAAAAAUAGUUUACCACGCACGAAAGAAUCAUUAAAUAUUAAAAUCCCCCUUGACAUUAUCGAUCCCAUUCCGGAAGAAUCACCAAAUCAUAACUUCGAUGAAGAUAAAAUCGAGAAAAAGAAGGAUAAAGAAGUAGAAUUUGUAUUUACGAUAGAUGAUAAGCAAGAGAAGAGUGUAGCUCAGAGUUUAUUCGAAAAUCUUAUGUAUAGGAAUUGCGAGGAAUCGGAUAGCGAGGGUGAAAGGGACAUCAUAGAAUAUUACAAUGGCGGAAGUGAGCAGGACGAAAACGACGCCGAUAGCGACUCUGCGAGUAACUCCUCUUUGCUAAAAUUCAUGGAGAGCUUCAAGAGCAACGUUAAGUUCGACGGUCUCGAUUGCGGUAGACAGUCUAAUAGGAGAACUUGGGAAAACAACAAGUCAAGGAAAAUACCUAUUGUACAUUAGAUAAUACCAUUGAAGAUUUUAUUGUCUAAAUAAAUAGUAGUUUUGAAACAAUAA